AGCUGUAUUUUGCAUACUGUUGAGGGUUUCCCGCUUCUUCUGAAGUCAGAAAGUUGUAAUAAGUUUUUCGAAGACAAAUUAAAGCGCUGUUUCGAAUGGAUAGUUUGGAUUUCCUGCACGCUGGUCAAACGGUACCAUUCUAAGUUAUUCUCAGCUGUUCUAGUGUACCUCCGGGCGGGAAAGGGCUGGGGUGGGGUGGGGGAAAAUCCUGUGGAUCCGCGUUCAGUAAGGGCUGUCAAGCUACAGGGCUGUCAAGCUACUCCUGGGUUCUGAAUACAACAGCUGGGUAUUGCUAUAAAUUAACUUCCUAACAGCUUGUAAAGCGACCUUGAAAGAAUAACCAUUCCAAGGCCAAGGUCUCGCUCAGCACUUGACUGCACCUGUGCAGUGCCGGAUCUAUACGCGCGAAAAGCAUCUAUGGAAAUUUUGAGCUUACAAAAGGCCCGGUUACUAAAUAUAGCUAUGAAAGAAGAGUUGAUCGCAGAAACAGAAGAUUUUGUUCCCGAGAAAAGAACGAACGAUCAAGGGAGUGUUGUCUUCAAGAUGGUUCAUAUUGUCGCUAUAGGACUUCCUGUUCUUGUCGUCUGGCUCGCUCAACCUGGAUCAAGUCUGUUUUCAUGGCACCCAACUCUAAUGGCCUUUAGUUUUGGUUUCCUUAUGGUUGAAGCUAUCCUGAUGUUUUCACCGCAAAGUUCCCUCAUCUCCUCAGCACCUCGAGCCACCAAGGUCAAAAUACACUGGAUACUUCAAACCUCAGCUGUGGUCACUGCACUGGGAGGUUUUGCCGCAAUUUACUACAAUAAGAAUAUUUACAACAAAGCUCAUUUUCAAAGCUGGCAUGGAAGCCUGGGGUUCUGUACCGUGAUUCUCAUCUGUCUGCAAUCUCUGCAGGGUGUUGGAGUUUUGUACUCCAAGCUGCCGCUCGCCAGCAGGUUGAAACCUAGCCAACUGAAACAGCUGCACGCUGUAUGUGGUUCUCUAGUAUAUCUUGUCGCAUGUAUCACUCUUUGCCUUGGUUUUUAUUCCAGUUGGUUUGUGAAAAAUGUUAGUGUGUAUGUUCAAGGUGGUAGCGUUUUAUCGGCGCUUUGUCUGGCUGGUGUUAUUAUUGGACAAGUUUACACUGAGUAUGGCUUAAAGAGACGGCCUGGAACAUAAUUUAUUAUAGUUGGCUUUGACUUUUCACGGUCACAAAAUAUGUUUCUCAGGUAGACAACAUGCUUUAAUAUCUAUUCUAGUACCCACAGGAAUUUUUCAUGUAUUUUAGAAUAUUCUUAAACUCAUAGUGUGCACCCUCUAAAGUGAGUAAUAUAAGUAAUUUAUUAAAUGACAGAAAUAGCAUCAAGUAAAGGAGGGUUGGUAACAUCUUUGAUAUGCCUCAUUUUGAUUGUGUGAUGCAGUUAUGACUUCAUAUGUGCCAAGUCAUUAUUUGGCUAUGAGACCAUGCAAUGAGGUUCCAGUCAAAGGCCCACAUUUCACCCUUGCUCACCAUACAGUCUCCAGUAGCUCAGUGGUUAGAGCAUCCAGCUAGAUCAUCGAGAGUCAUGGAUGCAAAUACCAUUUGGAACUCGGAUAUUUUUCCAAGAUUUCAGUUGAUGCUUUAUUCAACAUAAUGUGCAAUUCCAGAAAAUAUCCAUACUCCCUCCAGAGGAGGGAGUUUCCAGAGGGGUGGAAAAAUCCCUUCUCAAUCUGUGGGGGAGGUAUGAACAUGUUCUGGAACUACACAGUGUGUCCUCAGAUACCAUAAACUUCUAAAAUCCAGUCAGCUUAGCAUGACUGAUUCUUCAAAGUAUAUUUGGAGUUAUGUUUGAGAGAGCUUUUAAUAUUACACAGGCGAACCUCUAUGAAGCAACCACUCUUGAUGAUGAGACAACUGGCUGCUUAAUAGAAGUGGCCAUUGAAUAGAGGUUUUUGUUACAGUGUAUGUUCU